AUGAAAAUGCAAGACAUACACAAUAAAAGCCUACCGCUGUCCGACAGAAUAGACACAAUAUACAACUGGAGAGCCACAGAGUUCUUUCUCCAGCACAUCCAGGACACAAAGACAAUAGAGAGCGAGAUAAUUCCCCUGCUACACGAGGGCUUAUCAGGAACACAGGAAGAUAAGAGAAAAACAAUGUCUGUUUUGAUAAGAAUCAGAGUAAGCAGCAGCAUACCAGCAGACUUGAUAGACAGGCUGAUAGACACCCUGGAAAACGAGACACUGACGAACAUUUCGCUUGCUGUGAGAUGUCUGAUAGAGAUCACAAAGAAAACGAAGCCAUCCCCGCAGCAGCACGCCCGGAUAAUCUCGUCUCUCACCAGCUUCUUCACAAACCUGACGGGCAGUCUGUACUCAUCUGAGAACGCAAACGAAACGAGAAAGUCGCUUCUUCUGAGCAGCGAGCCCGUGAUUCUUCUGCUGUUUCUUACGCAGAUUGCGAAGGAAGAGUUUAUUCAGAACGCAGUGCCCCUGGCCAAUGCCUUGUCAUCAUUUGCUCUCUUUUUCACACAGAGAACAGACCUUAUUUCUUUCUAUCUGAUCAAUGAAAACAUAAAGCUGCAGUGCAUCACCACGCUUACGCAAAUCAUAUCCCUAUUUAUGACAAUUCUCAAAGAAAACUCGCCAGAAAUAACGGCCAUAUCAGCCUUCAUUCCCGAGCUCAGCAUUUUUCUGCUGGGGUACUGCCCAGACGACGCCAUUUCCAUCAAGAAAGACAUCUACCACCACCUGAGCAUCCUGAAGACAGAAAAAAAAAGAGUGUUUGCAUCGUACUCAGAGGUCAUCCUAAAAGACGGGAUCCUUCUCCGCCCCAAAAACCCCGUUCUAAAGCUUCUGGGGCUGACUCUUUCAACAGAGUUUCUUAUCAUGUUCAGAGACACGACACACAGACACCUCUCGCUGAAAGUGUGCAGAGAAGCAGCGAAAAUACUCUGCGAGUCGUCAGACCAUACGCUUAACAAGCUGUGUGCGAAUGUUCUCGUGCAGAUCAACGACACCACAAUCAGCGACAACAUCAGCAUAGGAGAGAAAGGCUUUUUCAUCCGAAUGAACUACACAACAUUUGUGCGAGCGUUCAGACAGUACAGCAAGAUAGAAGUGACAGAAGAAACAAAGAACGUGCUAAGAUCGAUCAUCCGAGGAAUGAAGAACACAAUGCACUAUUUCUCUCUUUUCCAGAACAUCCCGUCAAAUGCGAUUGUGUUCUCGCUGAAGUGCUUCAGCCCGUACGAAGUGCAGGAGCUCUCUGACAACCUUGGCCUCGCAUUCCGCCCAUUCAACCACUUUGAUUUGGAGAAGAGAUCAGACAUUAUCAUCGUGUGCGAAUUUCUGCUGAUAUUUUUCUAUCUAGACGCAUCGCUCUUUGAGCGCAUUCUCCUUGACAAUGUGGGCAUACUCUUUGAAAGCACAAAGAAAAACAAAGACAUGUUCAUCAUAUGGAGGCAGUUCCUGGCAUACGCAGGCGUUGCAAGAAAGUUCGCAGGCGUUGUGCUGCAAGAGCUGCUCAAAAUAGUGCACUCAGUUGAAGACAAAGAGUUCAUUGUCCUGGCGUUCAGAGAGGUUUUCACAUCCUUUGCAGUCCAUACGGUAGAGAUAGAAAGUGUUGUAGCAGGAAGUCUCCAGGAAAUAUUCAAAAAGUGUCUCAUGACAGAAGAAAAGUACUUGUACACCCUGGAAAUAGUCAAGGAUCUCUUCAAAACCGCAGGAAAAGAGAAGCUAGACCUCCUGCACAAAGAGAUGGCUCUGGCCCUCCCCUCCUUCUUUGAAAAGAUGGAAGAAAUUGCCAGACUGCACCCCAAUUGCACCGAUGUGGUGGAAAUAGCCCUGUCAGUUCCCGUCAAAAUUUCAGGUCUUCUUCCCUUUUUGGGACAAAUGUCCAAGUCUCUCCUCAGGGCGCUGCAGAUAAGAGGAAAGCUGGGCGGGCUGGCCAUGGAAACACUGGAGACCUGCGUAGACAAUUUAAACUCAGAAUUUUUAAUGACGUAUUUAGGAGAUGAUAUUGAUGCGAUUUUCACAGCCCUAGUGGAUCUUGUGCAGGAGGAGGAAAGCUCUGUGAUGUCGAUUAAGCUGCUCGGCAAGCUAUCAGGGAAAGCCAGCACAGCGUUCGUAGGGAACAACAGAUCCUCCCACCCAAACACGGAUAUAACCAUCAUUAUCCCAGGAAAAACAGACAAGAUAAAAAUACCCCUGCAUGACAUUCUGCAGGAGGCCUCUCGCAUCCUCUCGGGACAAAAGACAGGAAGCACAGAGCAGGCUCUAGCACUUGUGGGCCACUAUUUCCACUCUUUCUUCAGGUGGAGCGAUUUAACUGAUGAAAUACUCGCAGCAUGGACAGAGGACAUAGAGGGAAUUAAAGAGGCUGAUUUCCAGGAGCUGCACAGCAGAGUGCGCGCAGGUGCAUUCAACCCCCUGGAAGACGUAGAUGGAUGGACAGUGGACUACCCAUCAUCCUCCAUCCCGUGUCUCCUAGUUUCUUCCCUUUUCUCCUGCGCUGCAGACCCUGAAAUGAUGAAGCCUCCUGCGCCCAUCCCCAAUACAGUUGCUCUCCCUAGUGCUGCUAACCCCAUAGUUAACACAGUCACCGCAGGGAGCAGCAGGGGCACAAAUAGCAGCGAGGGCACAGAAAAUGAAGCAGAAAUAUCACCGCAGGCAGCUGAAGCAAAGAGACUCCUCAUCACUCUCUACUCUUUCCUCUCUGUGUUCAAGGCCCUAGAGCUCAUGCACUUUGACGACUUCCAGCGCCGCGUGCGCGUUGACGUCUUUCUCCUUAUCUCAGCGCUUACCCGCGCCUUUGGCAGGCCCUCAACGGAAAGCGUAGCACAGAGUGUCCUCAGCACAAUGCACGAUAUAUCCAGGCGCAUCUGCGGAUCCCGCGAGAAGACCUCGCAAAUGACCCUUUUCUACAACAUUCUCCACGCUUUCUGCUCAGCCUGCUAUGCAUACAGCGACGAAGAGAAGCUCUGUGGAAUCAGAGGGAUCAUCUUUAUGACGCAGUCUCUGGACCUCGGAACAUCCUGGCUCCUUUACCAGGAGAUAAGGAUAGUUAAAGCUUUGUUCUCUGCUCUUUCUUCCCUGCGCUACAACAACGUAGAGGCAGUGAGGGAGGGGAUAUUCCACAUAUGCAGAACCACGCACGACCCUGCAGUGGAAACAGAGCCCACAUCUUCUGAGCACUUCAUGCAGCUCAUCCUCACCUUUGCACAGGAGCUGAGCCACCCCCUGGAGAGCGUGCGCCUCGUGGCUAGAGAGUGCCUUGACUACAGCGCAGGGCUAUUUGGCUCCGAUGUCUCUGCGUUUUUGCUGCCCAUUAGAGAGAAAGUGCUGGCACAGGUCCUCAGCAAGCCCCUGAGAGCGCUCCCUCCUGGCGUGCAGAUAGGGAACAUGGAGGUGAUGACUUAUCUCUUCGGCCUGCGCCCUCCCCUGAUGAUGCUCAUAGACGAGAGGAUAGAGAGAUUCAUUGGGGAAGCAUUCCGGAUAAUCGCAUCGCCCAAUGGCACUGUCGUAUUGAAGCAGGCAGCAGUGCGGCUCUUCGUGGCUGCUGCAUCAUCGCCUGAGUUUACAGCUGCGCCCUCUCUAAUCAAAAUAUCCCAGGUCCUCAUUAAGGGCUUAUUCUCGAAAGAGCCAGAGAUAUGCGAGGUGUGCAGGGAUGGGCUCAGACAGAUGUACUUCCUGGGAAGACAGCCUGAUAGAGAGGUGCUGCAGUCCUGGCUUGUCCCCAUAGUCAACACGAUUGGCCAGAAGAAGGCUGUAGACUCCGUGAUCGCAGGAAUAGUGCACCUGCAGGAGCUGGACAGAGAGAUAUUUAAAACUGGGCUGUGUAGCAGUUUACUUGACCUCCUAGCACAGAGCGCUGACUCUCUAUCUGAGAGCACUGUGGAUAUGAUAUUUGAGAUAUUCGCGCGCACCCCGCAUAUUCCAGAGGGAGAGUUCCUCACGCGGUCUGUGCUGGCAUAUCUGCACCACUUCAAGAAUGUACAGCCAAAGAGAAGAAGAGGAGUAUCGCAGUAUCUGGCAGUUAGGCCGCUAUCUGCCUCAUUCCUUUUUAGGCUGGCAAAUGAAGACGACACAGCGUACUACAUACUCCACAGACACCUCGUAGAGAAUGAUGCAGGCGGGAAUAGAGUGCACCCUUUGGCAGUCUCUGGGCAGUCUUCAUGGAGACAGUACGUUCUUUCUGAUGCAGCAGGAGAGUCAUUCGCAGGCGAAGCCAUUGAGAGGAUGCUUUCCCUGUGGAGGGAGGGUGCUGGAGAUGCAGCAUUUGGGAAAGUGGUUAGAAAGUGGUGCUUUCAGUCAGCGCAGGGCCUGAUAGAGUACUUUACAGCUGAAGAGCUUCGCACUGCCCCUGUCCUUCUCCCUGAAGACGUGUCUCCUGAUGUCGUAAGGUCUCUAUUUGUCCAGUCUCUAGAGACAGGAUUAAUUCUCAGCGCAGACGGAAAAGUUCAAAAGCGCAUACUUUUCAGCGUGGAGAGUUUGCUCUCUGAUAAAUCUAUGCUCUGCGUAGAUGGCCCCCCUGAGUGGAAGAUAUCUGUGGCUAUGCUCCUCAUCAGAGAGAAGGAGCCCCCCGCUCCUCCCGCAGAAAGUGCAGCUAAGAGCAAAAGAUCGCCCCGCCCCACGCGCUCUGCAUCAGUCGCCAGGGGAUACAGCGGGAACAGCAGCCCUGUGAUGGGAGAAAGUAAGCAGGAGGUAAAAAGUAGGGAAAAGAUCAGAGCAAGAAUAUCAGGAUACCUCCAGAGAGUCCUGGAGAUGGAAGACCUGGAGCCCGUAGAUGCGGUGUGCAUCACUGCGUUCCUCGUGGAGUACAACCCAGAGGCAUCCACCGACGGAUUCCUGCCCCUCAUCACUACGCACCCCGAGUACGCUGAGCACGCAAUCAGAGGGAUUGUGUCUCUCCUCAAUAGACACGGGGUAGAGCCCUUCAUUGAAAGCAUCUCUUCAGCCCUCGAAGACGAAACUCUCUACAGGACACACCUGUACAUUCUCCUCCCAGCAAUUGCAAGAGUUCCUCAGCUAUUCACAGGCUCAGGGAUUGAGCCGAGUGUGUGCACGAUGAUACAGCGGCUCUUUGCGUCAGGGAGUGCACGCAUUGCCUUGCUUCUUCUGCAGGCUUCUAUCGUGUGGUACAAAGCAGGAACUAUCUGCGACGGAGUAGCACUGAUCCUUACGAAGUCCUAUGCUGCGUACUACAUCCACACGAAGUCAGGCGAGGUAGUGGAAGGCAUCUCAGCGCUGCCCUUCAGCGAAGACCCCGUGCCCACAGUGCCAGAGAAGAUACAGCCGCAGUCAGUGGCCAAGCUGUACGAAGAAGCAGCAAGGGGGAACAAGAGCCUCGCAGUGAGCCUGAGGCCUGCAGUGCGCGCGUGCAUCUCAGAGACAGGAACUGAGGCCCUGGAGGCAAUCCUUCCCGUGGCUGCAAAGAUUGACAGAGAGUGCGUAUCAGACGUAUUUCACGGGCUGAACGUAGCAAGGAUCAAGCCAAAGCUGGCUAUAUCCUGUGCUACCCUGCUGGGCGGAGAAGAAACAGCAGAGAAGGCCCUGCGCCUCCUAGAGGAAGGUCUGAAGGAGGGCGCUGAAUCUCUGACAGAUGCAGUGUCCGCGGGAAUGAAACUGGCACUAAAGUAUCCAUCUCCUGAGUCGCUUACACUUUUGGCUCAGAUUCUAUCCAGGCACCCCGAGGUGUUUAGGUGCCCAGAGACAGCUGAAGGCGUUGUAAGCAUCGUGCAGAGCAUAAGCGUGUCCUCUUCGCUGAAGCAAAGUGUCCUACUGGCGAUGGACUCUGAAGAGUUCCAGGAAAUUAGGCUGGGCCUUGUGCACACCGCGUACGUAGACCCGCAGAUGCACAGGGAGGAGAUAGCGGCAGGACUGCAGCCCCUCUUUGUUAAGGGUCUCUCCUGCGCAUCGGAGAGAAUUCGCUCUGAUUUCUUCAAAGUUUUUAACGAGGGCGUCUCUUCGGCGCCUGGAGAGAGGCUUCUUUAUCUCUGCAGCUUUGAAUGGGAGCUGUUCGAAAUGGGGGGCUGGGUGCCUGCGUUCUGCAGAAUGAUCCUGGAGCUCUUUGACGUCUCUUCGAUGCACACCGAUGUCUUUUGGGAUGUCUCUGGGCUCACUUUGCUUGAAAACAAUUUGAGUAACGGCCGCACAAAAAAUGAAGAACCAAAGAAAAAAAGGAAAAACAGCAGCCAAGAAGAGAGCAGCGCACACACUGACGACGCAGACAGUACGAAGUACAAUGAAGAUGGCAGUGAUGCCAGCGAAGGAUACAGCCAUAUGCUGCCCGCUCUCUUCAGCGAGUUUAGGCGGUACAAAGUCUCUCGAGCAACCAUUAAGAAUAGCAUUCUGUCGCUCCUUCAUGGAAAUGACGUGGCAUCUUCCCAGAUCAUCAGAAGCCUGCUCCCUGGGGUUAUAUCGCACAUACCAGAUAAAGCCAAGCACUCCCUGCACAGCCGCAUUGAAGAGAUGCUGAUUCGCCUCGGAAAAGCAGGAACCCCAAGGAUAUCAGAAACAGCUGAGUCUUUCGUUGUAGGAAUGGCUUCUAUCUGCUCCAGGGCAUCUUCGUAUGCAGCAGUUCCCAAUGCCAGUGAUACUUCACA